AAUGCGGCUUUGCGCAAACGGAUAUCAGAAUUUUAUUUAGCCUAUCAAUAAUAAGAAGGCUACUAAAUAAAUAAAACAAAUGACAGCUUAAUAUAAUCAUGUGAUCUGAAAAUAACAGCAUUUUCUGACCAGUCUACUAACACAAAUCCAAUUAGACAUGCCCUGUUUUGGGUAGUAGAAUAGCCCAUACGCAAAAGAAAGAGCAUGUGAUGCCACUUCGAGGGAGAGUUUUUCCCAACAAAAUGUUUUCAUUGUAAACUCAAGAUCAAGGAAAUCACUUUCUCUUGUCUGUUAAUCUCAAUCCUGUCACACACACACACGCGCGCGCGUGCUAACUUCAAACAAACUUGUAAAGACUCCCUGCUCAUUUUUAUUCAGCUUGUACGGUGUUUCAAAUACAGUUUUAUGAACCUACGCGCUACAUUCAGGCCCAUCUGGCAACAGGCUAGUAGGCCUACUAACACAUUUCUGAGCACAAAAGAAUGAUUUGAUUUAUUUCCUAUUCUGGGUAAAUACAGUCUAACCAUGUGAUCCACAGUAUAACCAAUGGGCAGUCGAGAAGAAGGUAAGGGCAGGAAAAAAAUUACUACCAUUUUAGGGGAGGAUGUAAGCCACUAUACCAGCCCAUCUAACGUUUUACAGUCGCACUUAAGUGUAUUUUUAUUGAAAUAAUAAAAUAAACAUGUCGCUAACGAAUUAUUAUUCCAUGAUGGGGCUCCAGACCGAAGAGCCGUACGGUACACAUUUUAUCACGGGAGGCUUGCAGGGAUCUACGGCCGGCUGCGCAAAGCCAGUCCGGGGAACGGAGGAGGAUGAGGGAACCCCGGGCUCACACAUUCCGGAUUUUUCACAUUUUUCCAACAAACAAACGAGUUUAAACGGCUUUUCUCCUUGGACAAACACAUCUACUUCCUCUUCGUCCUCCUCUCCGCAGCUGCAGUCCACCCCCGGCGCUUCCAUCUCUGGCCUUUUUCAUCCACAUCACCUCUUGAGCCACCACCACCCAUACUAUGGUCCGCAGACGCAGACCCACGCCGAACACCUCUCAUCCGCGGUCGCCUCCGAGAGCCGGUUCGUACGCUGUUGGGAGGGGGCGACUCCCACCUCGGAGACCUCUCUGUCCCAUGCCUCUGCCGGUUUCCCCGGGUGUCUCCCCUCUCAGGGUGACCUCUCCAAUCUGAGCCCGAGGUUCGAGGUGGUUAAACCCGAGAGUUCACCGCCGCCACACGGCAGCCCCGAGGAUUCCAGCUUCGCCAGCCCGACUGAGGUGGUCCUCGAGCGGCUUGGGACCGCGGAGGAGCUGGGAAGAAAGCCGGAGCCCAAAAAAGAGGACGCGGAGAGAGAAACAGAACAGCCUGACCCCGAAAAUCCAUCAGCUAGCUGGAUCUAUGCCAAGUCCACUCGGAAGAAAAGGUGUCCGUACACCAAACACCAGACCCUGGAGCUGGAGAAGGAGUUCCUCUACAACAUGUACCUAACCAGGGACCGGCGCCUGGAGGUGGCAGGGCUCUUAAAUUUAACAGAGAGACAGGUCAAAAUCUGGUUCCAGAACAGGCGGAUGAAGAUGAAGAAGCUGAUGACCCGGGAGAGGAGGAGUUUGAAUGAAUGAUGGAUUUGGAGAAGAGGCUGGGGUUGUUUUUUUUUGCAGGAUAGGUGAGGAGGAGGUGAGGUUAUAGCUGAUAAAAGAGAAUGCAGUGCUCCGAGAUGUCCAACAUCUUUAACCUCAGCUAUCAUGAUCAGCUGCUACUAAGCGAGGGAUUGUGGAGCUAACAUGGCUGCCUUGGAGCACUGCAGUGGUCAAACUCCUCAGGGGAGACCAGGAUGGGUUGUAACACAAAAAGACUCCUAUCAAAGUCUUUUGGCCUUUUCAUGUUAGAUCUUCUGAACUCUGGUGUAGAAUUCUUCCAUCUGCAUGUUACAAAAUGAAGACAGUCAACCUGUAACGUGGGGUAGUUGUAAAUAACGCUCAGAAUCAAAUGUUAACAUUUAUAGGGAGAUCCAUAAAUUUAGGCAAAAAACACACUAGCUGAUAUCAAAGACUUUGUUCACUUUAAAACACAUCUGUUUUUGAUAAGGGUGUAUAUCUCACAAUGUCCAAAAACUGAAACUACUUGACACAUACUUGACUUCACAUAAAUUGUCUGUGCUUUCUGCCAAAAUGUGAAUCAUGUUUUAAAAACUAUUAGCCUCAUAAAAAGUGCUCUCAGUGUGCCAGACGAGACUGUGCUAUCAAAAGAUAAAUCCCAUGAGUGAUCCCGU